AUGGCUACCUGUGGGACGCCUGAGUUGCAAGACGCGGAUGGCUUGGGAAAUGUUCUGGCAGGCGAUCAAGAUAGCGCAGACGAAAGAGAUGAGAAGGACAAUGAAUGGAAGAAUCUGCAAAAGUUUAGCGUCGGCCACAUGUUGGAUAAUGACCUCGACGUCAUGACCUUCUACGAUAAGGAGAAACCAGGAGCCUUCAUCCCCAUGAUCUCAUUUGGUCGGCCGUUUACUGAUGUACGCCCGCAACCUGAAUUCGAAGUCAUCCGACUAGAUUUAGAAGAGGAGCACGACGUGGGACUGGCUAGGAAAUUUGCAUUCAGCAGUCGCGGUCGCUCCCUCAACGCUGAGAAGAUGAUGAAUGUCAAUACAGCCCUCAUUCCUCCCUCCAGAAAGGGGAGCUGCUCUGCCGAGCAAGAGGAAGCGAAGACAAAGUAUGAGACUCUUAUCCGGAAGCUGAAAAGUCACGAGGAGUCUCUAAAGAAGUUGGUGAGUUCACAGAACAGACGUUUGACAGGCAAGAAGUCCGUAGAGGAACAUGAGAUGGAUCCGGGCAAUCCUGACAUGUCUUCUGCAUCCAGCUGGAACUCUAUGACACACUCUCGAACAGCUUCCUAUCAUUAUUCGGACAAGCAGGAGUAUUCCUUGAGCAGGACGGAUAUACAGUUGUGGGCGGAGCGCAAUCCAUGUCCCGUCGACUUCAGUGUCAUGUUGUGGGCGGUCCCUCGGUGGAUCUGGACAUACAACCUGGACAUAUACAACUGCUGUCUUACUUCGGUACAGCAAAUCAUCAUAAAGACCAAGCCGGAGCCGUCACUGCCGGAUGAUCUGAUGAGUCUAUUGGAUGAUGUUGUCAAAAACAGGUCUGGCUUCAUCAAAAGGCUGGGACUCAACGUCGUCCAAGGCAAGAAUGUCAUCAACUGUAUUAAGCGGUGGAACGCCUCCCGCAAACUUGAAGAAUCACGAGCUUGUGCUCGGUUGGCAGAAACUUUCUCAGUACACCAGAUGGAUCUGCUACACCAAGAUUACAUGUCCUUUGGCGAUAACAAGCAGGAGACCUUUCCGUCAGAGCGGAUUGGCUUCAGCGCAAUCAUCACUGUAAAGCAGCAUAUGUCUUUCAUCGAGCUGGUGAAGAGCAGAGACAGCCAUGCCAACGCCCUAUCGAACGUUCCUCCGCCUCUACUGGAAGAGGGAAAUUGCAUUCCGUGCGCUCUUUGGCACGUGGUACCGCUCUCCAGACCGACCACUGUAGCUGUUUUGUCUGGCGGAUCACUGACCAGCGCAGAGGCUCUGAAGCUGAAGUACAGAGACUACCGCUCGAUGGCCUCGAUGUGUUCCAUCGAUCUUACAUGCUGUUUCGGCCUGCUGGACAAUCAUGUGAAGUCGUACAUGACUCAUUACGAAGGUAACGGAAGUCCACACUGCGUCGCCGUGCGACUUGACGCAUCCGGCUCUCACGCCACACUAUUCGAUGGUGCCACAGUUUACAAGAUGUCGAUGUUGUUGCUCAGCGAGAUCCAUGACGCUGCAGUGGAUCAUUCUACCAUCGUGUCCUACUGGAAACGGGAAGCAAGAGACAAGCCAGAUGAAAAAGCGGCACUCUUGCUCGACAUGGCCGCAGGCGCUGACUCUGACGGUUCAGAUGAGCGGGACUCCGACGAUGUGAAGCCCAAGUUUACAUUGGAUGAGGAUGACAGUCCUGUCAUAUCUGAUGGUAUAAAGACUUUACUGAGUGAAGAGGUCAAAACAGUCUCUGAAGAGUUGAGGUCCUUUGCACAACUUCGCCAGCUGCAAACACACAUCGAAAAGCAUCACGCGGUGGAGAAUCAGUAUGUGCGUUCUGGAUCCUUUGAGUGGCAUAACGUCAGCAUGGAUGGUACAGUCAAGGUAUGUCUCAAGCUCCUUGGUCAAGAAACAUACACAGCUCCGAAGACCGUUCGUGAUGCUGCACCCUUCGGCGACGGCGACAACACGGCAUGGCGCCGAAUACUAACUGUCCGGGGCCGAUCUGGGCCUGGGGCAGUCUUGCUUCUGCGUCCUCUUCAGAAUGAGUCCUCAGAGCAGCUGGCAGAGGCUUUUACAGAGACCUUCAGCGCUGACCAGCUUGGUAUGAUUUGUCAUGUAGCCACAGACGGUCCUUCGGAGAAAUUAUAUACUCAGAUGAAAGCAAUAUGUCCGAAGCUAGAAAGUCUCAUGUUGGACCCAGUUCACGUAGCCAUCGUGUAUGAGUACGGCUUCUGGAACAAGAAAAGCUCGGGCUCCAAGCAGUUGCGUCGUAUUUUGAACAAGUGUGUCGCCAAUGAUCCAGACACCGAUGUUGGUCAUUGGAGUACCUAUUACGAUGGCACCACGCCUAGGCCUCUCAACUGCGAAGAAACACGAUAUCGAGAGAUGAUACUGAACUUCCCGAUGAUUCAGCAUGAAGCUGCAUCCCAGCUAGACGGACUCAGAUUGGACAUUCCAUUUUAUGACAGGGCGGUGCGGGUGAAGGGGGCCGUGCUGGCGACAACGGACAUGGGCAAGACCGCCCAGGGGGCGAUCGUAAUGGGGGCGGACAGGGCGAUCGUGACCGUGACCGUGACGGGUCAGCAGCUGGCAACGGGCAGGAGGAGGACGUCUGACGUGGUGGCUGGGUAG